GGAGUCUAAUGCUCGUGUGUUAAUUCAAUAGUCAAGACUUUCUAAGGUCUCAUUGAUACUACUUUCUUGUUCUGCAUGUUUUGUUUAUUAAAGUUUUCUGUGUCAGUUUCUAAUAUAGUACAAAGUUAAUGGUACAAAUGUUCAAAAGACAAAGUUCAGCCUCAACAUCCACAAAGGAUACUCAACUAUUGCUUCUGCAACCAUCUGGAAAUUUGUCAAAAAAUAAUGAUCGAUUGGAUGAUUCCCAAAAUUUUGAAGCUAGUGGAUCAUUAACUAAAAAAUCUAGGAGCUACUCAAAAUGGUCUCCUCAUGAGGAAGGAGUUACUUUGGCUUGGAACGAUUUAACAGUUCACGCUUAUUCCAAGGACAAUAGAAAGCCAAGAUAUAAGAGAAUAAUUAACAGUGUAACCGGAGCUUUAAAAGCUGGCAGUUUGGCAGCCCUUAUGGGGGCAAGUCUAGGUUUCAUAUGCCCAUCUUCCUACAGCCCUGCAGACUUUUUCAUAAAAACGUUAGCUACUAUGCCAGGGCAUGAAAGUAACAGUAAAAUGGCGGUAAAAAGAAUUUGUGAUCAUUUUUCUGUUAGCGAUUAUGCUAAAGAAGUUGAUGUUGUUGUACAAUAUGAAUUCCACAUGGGAAGAGCAGAGGCAAGACAGUUUGAACUAAGAACCAAUUUCAAAGCUCCAUUUUGGUGGCAAAAACUGUACUGGUUAACUUAUCGAUGGUCAAAAGAUGCUUUGAGAAAUCCUUCAGUUCAAACUUUGAGAAUAUUACAAAGAAUUGCCAUCGCUAUACUGAUUGGACUAUGUUACCUACGUACAAAUGCCUUCACUCAAAACGGCGUACAAGCUGUCGAGGGCGCAAUAGUUAUUUUUGUAGUUGAAAAUACUUUCAACCCAAUGUACUCUGUAUUAGCAGAGUUUCCAGAAAACACUCCGAUAUUUCUUAGAGAAUAUAGGAGCGGUUUAUACCAUCCUGCUACGUAUUAUUUGUCUAGGAUUGUGGCUCUGUUCCCAGGAUUCAUUAUUGAAUCAGUUGUUUUUGUGAUGAUUGCCUAUUGGAUGGUAGGACUUCGUGAAACUUCGUAUGCUUUUCUCAUGACUGUCUUGGUUAUUAUUUUAACUACAAAUGUGUCAGCGGCUUGCGGAAUCAUGUUUUCAAACGCAUUCCAGUCAGUGCCAAAUGCUAUGGCAUACUUAGUACCAUUCGACACCAUACUUAUGGUCACAUCGGGAUUGUUCAUUAAAAGAGGGACUAUUCCAAUUGUUGUUGGUUGGACAAGAUAUUUAUCCUGGCUAAUGUACUCCACAGAAUCCAUUAGUAUUCUUCAGUGGCAAGGGAUUACUCAGAUAGCCUGCGACAAUCGGCAAGACGUCAAUUUGCCGUGCUUAACCGAUGGCACAUCAGUCUUGGACAAAUACAGUUUUUCCGAAGAUAAUCUCAGCUGCGACAUUUGGAACAUGUUUUUUUUACUAAUCGCCUUCCAUUUACUUGGUUACGUUUGUCUUUGGUGGAAAACGAAAAAAGCUUAAGACAAUAAUUGUAUAUGAAACUGACCUGAAUUUUUCAGUAAAAUUACGUUAUGUAUCUCCUUGUUUUGUCUGUCUCUUUGAGAUGUUUUAAUUAAAAUACCACCUCGUGCUGUACGUUCCUUGAAAUCUUGACAUUUCUUAUUCAAUAAUAAUAUAAUCAUACGUAUAUUACAUACAUUUAUACAAGUUUAUUUGAAAAAAUAUAAUUUAUAGUUAUUUUUUUAUAUUGCACCCAGAGGACGAACCCCCUUUAUGUGCAAGGAGAGAUAUAUCUUUGGAGUUGAAUAUUAUCAUAAAUAUUUAAAUUAUAGGUUUAAGGUAUAUAAGUUGGUAUACAGGAAGGGAGACAAGCACUAGUUUAGAAGAAAAAGUGGAGGAACAAAUUAUCAACAAAAAACUAAAAUUUUCAUAUCCUAAAACAAAAAGUUUAGUUUAGUACAAAAAUAUUUAUCGGAUAUGAAUGUUCUUAUUACUGAAUCUUUAUAUGCAUAUUAUUUUUAUAUUAACGGAAAUUAUUUACUAUAUCUUGGAGACAGUGUGUUCAUAUUUUGUGUUACUAUUUGCGAUUAUUAUUUAUUUUGUAUAGACUUUAUUACGUGUUUUAUGUGAAUUCUCAAUUAAUGAUUGACUGCAAUGUUGUGACUAGAAGAAGAAAUAGAUCGGGCAUUAGGUAUUUCUGCAGAAUAUAACAGAUGAGUCACGACUUUCUUUUUUGUAAAUUGUUUUGAAAUAAAAUUUU